AUGGGACGUCGGGACGACCGGUCGUCGUCGGUCGGUCGGGGCAGCAGGGCACGUUGCUUUGCCGGUUCGAAGGCUACCGGGCGAGGAGGCUAUGAGGCUACAUUCGACGAAAUCUCGCCGUCUGCGCACCAAGAGCCAGUUUGUCGUGUUGCCUUGGCCGAGGACGCCGGUCCCAUUUCCACCGAGGAUGAUGACGGUGCAGGGGGAAUGGAAAGCCUGCAUCCAGCGAGCUUCCCUCCCCCCUGGAUUGGGGGUUGGCACUCGGAAGGUGCAGGCUGGCAGAUGACCUAA